AACCGGUUAAAGCGGACCACACUGCACUCCAUGGGAAGCACAUACAGCUGCGGUGCGAUUUAGUAAGGGUUGUACAAGUCGAGACAGACGUACCGAAUCUCUGUGCUGCGCCGGUGUUUUCUAGCAUAUCUACUGUUUUCUUCACCAUGAGGCCGAAAACCGCCAAGGACGGACGGACGAACUGACCGGUUUGACGGCGUCUAAAUUCCGGAAGAUUCGCACGACCGACUUUUCGGCUGUUUUAUGUUUAAGUGAAAGCCGUCUGCGCAUUCUUUAUGACGUCCUAUAAUUUACGUUAAUCACUUGAUAUUGUGUUGAUUCAUUUAUUGUUUGUGAAGGCCAUUUCCUGUGUGAUGGACUAAAACUUGUAGUUUGUUCCAGAUGAAGUUGUGGGAUUGAACUCUGGUGGUAAAUUGUUUAUUGUCUUCACUUUUAACUUUCACAAUCUGGGAGGCAUUUUAUGUUUUAAUUUGAAACAUUGGAGAUGUGUCUUGGACAUUUCAGAAUAAAAGUGUGCAAGCUUCCCCAAUGAAUCAAGGACCCCAGCCUGUAUUUUCCCAGAACACAACUUUGCAGACCAGUAAAAAAAUGGAGGUCUUGCUGGCUCACCCAGUUUUUAAGGCUUUUAUGUGUGGUUCACUCAGUGGGACAUGUUCUACUUUGCUCUUUCAACCUCUGGACCUCAUUAAGACAAGACUACAAAUACUUCAAAACUCUGUUCAUAGUGGGUCUAAACAUGUUGGCAUGAUCACGGUGCUCAUCAAUGUCGUCCGCACUGAAAAGAUCCUGGGAUUAUGGAAAGGUGUUUCUCCGUCAUUUGUUCGGUGCAUUCCUGGAGUUGGAAUUUAUUUCAGCACCUAUUUUUCCCUCAAGCAACACUUCUUUUCUGAGAAAGCACCCACUGCACUGGAGUUGAUAUGUUUAGGUGCAGGUGCUCGGACUGUUGCAGCGACUUUCAUGUUGCCUGUUACUUUAGUGAAAACACGUUUUGAGAGUGGCAAGUAUUGUUAUUCAAGUGUGUUUGGAGCCUUGCGGAGCAUUUACCAGUUGGAAGGGCCCCGCUCUCUCUUCACUGGGCUGACGGCCACACUCCUGAGAGAUGCCCCCUUUUCAGGCAUUUAUGUCAUGUUUUAUACACAGACGAAGAGGAUGUUUCCAGCAGAGGUCCUGAGCAGCAGUUAUACGCCUCUGUUAAACUUCAGCUGUGGGGUCUUUGCGGGAGUCUUGGCCUCAGUGUUGACCCAGCCUGCCGAUGUGAUAAAAACGCAAGUUCAGGUGUCCCCAGGAAAGUUUCGACAAACAGGAGAAGUGGUCUCGUUCAUUUUUCAGACUUCUGGGUUAGCUGGAUUUUUCCGUGGUGUAGUCCCACGGUCCCUCAGACGCACACUGAUGGCUGCUAUGGCUUGGACGGUAUAUGAGCAGCUCAUGACGAAGAUGGGCUUAAAAUCCUGAAUUGAGCAGAAGUGAUGGCGUGACCAGGAGAGAACUGCUGGGUCUUCUCCCUCCCCCUCUAGCUGUCCCAUUUGUAGCAGGCAAGAAGAAAAGCCUGUGGCCGGUGCAGGCUGAAGUAGUCGUGGGGGGUCUGCUUGUGAAAUUUGUUUUUAAGUAGAUGAUGAGCUGUCAUGGCUGAAUGGGAUGAACUGCAGUUGAUCAAGGACAGAGCGACUCGGGUGUGGUAGUGAUGAAGAUGACUGAGGAGGAAGGAACCAAGUCCAUCUGAAUUAUUGAAAGAGAAGUAAAUAAUUUAUUUAAAAAGGGAUCAUUGCAGUCUGCACUUUUUAUUUUAUUUUUUUUUUGUCUGUCUCAGCGUUCCAACACUGGUGGCAAAAGAACUGUUAACUUUUUGAAACAGGAUUUCUCCUCCUUCUGCCACCACCCGCUGGGUAACAUUUUCAUUUGAUCUCCUCCUUCAAACUGGCGAGUGCUUCUAGAUUUUGAUCCACAGCCUGAAUGAGGAAAAUCUGACCAGCUUCAUACACCAGAGUGACUACUCGUGUAAACCGCUGGAGCACACAAAACGAAUCUACGCGUGGGAUAAUUGAGCAGGCCCCAUGACCUCACAACAUAUUUUUAAAUGUCAAGAAAUUUAAGAAGAUUGUUAGGUGGUUAAGGUAUCAAAUGGAAAAGUGUCUGUAAUGUAAUAAUCUUGUGGGGUUAAAGAAAGUAAAGGUUGGUGUGCCCAGGGCUCUGCAGAGGGCCUCUGGUGCAGGAGCUGCAGUGCUGACCCCCUGUGACGUGUGCUGCCCAGUAAACGGACCCCCGGUUUGUCGUCUCUUCAGCACUCCUGUUGUCCUCUCUGUUGCUGCUUCUUGUGUUUUCUGCAAACUGUGUGGCCUUGAGCUGCUUUGGUGUAGAUGUGGU